AUGUCAUCCCCUUCGCCCUCUCUGCGUAAGAGAGGUGGGAAGAAGGAGGCUUACACUGCCCUUCCAUCCGAUGAUGGCUCAUUGAGACCCGUGGCAGCUCCGGGCAAGCCAAAGUCAGAAUGGGACUAUUGGCUGGCCAUAUCCAUCCUGACCGUACUGGCCUUUGCAACUCGCUUCUGGCGAAUUGAUUACCCUAAUGAGGUCGUUUUCGAUGAGGUGCACUUUGGGAAGUUCGCCUCAUACUAUCUCCAACGUACCUAUUUCUUCGAUGUCCACCCACCUUUCGGAAAGCUGUUGUUCGCCUUCAUGGGCUGGCUGAUUGGAUACGAUGGCCACUUUUUGUUCGAGAACAUCGGCGACUCGUAUAUCGAAAACAACGUCCCCUACCUGUCACUACGUGCUAUGCCGGCUACCCUCGGUGCAUUGACCAUCCCUGUGGUGUUCUUGACCAUGUGGGAAUCCGGUUACUCUCUGCCAGCCUGUGUGCUGGCUGCCGGUCUCAUGGUUUUCGACAAUGCUCAUGUGGGUGAGGACCGACUCAUUCUCUUAGAUUCCACCUUGGUUAUCACCAUGGCACUGAGUAUCUUGUGCUAUGUUCGCUUCUAUAAGCUGCGCCACCAGCCGUUCGGUAGGAAGUGGUGGAAGUGGUUGCUGCUGACUGGUUUCUCUAUGAGCUGUGUCAUUUCUACCAAAUACGUUGGUGUUUUCACUUUUGUCACUAUCGGUGCGGCGGUUGCGAUCGAUCUGUGGAAUCUCUUGGAUAUCAACCGCCGCCAGGGCGCUCUUGACAUGGUGACCUGGGUCAAGCAUCUUGUAGCUCGGGGUGUGGCUUUGAUCAUCAUUCCAUUCUUCUUCUACCUGUUCUGGUUCCAGGUUCACUUCACUAUUCUGAACCGAUCUGGACCCGGUGAUGAGUUCAUGUCCCCCGAAUUCCAGGAGACAUUGAGUGACAACGCGAUGACUGCCCAGUCUGUUGGAAUUCAAUAUUUCGACCAGAUCACUAUGCGCCACAAGGACACCAAGGUUCUUCUUCACAGCCACUGGGAGACAUACCCUCUCCGAUACGAUGAUGGACGUAUCUCCAGUCAAGGCCAGCAGGUUACCGGAUAUCCCCACAACGACACCAACAACCUGUGGCAGGUUUUGCCCACUGUUCCUUUGACUGAUGAUCAACCCAAGAGUGUUCGCAAUGGCGAUAUCAUCCAGCUUCGCCACGUUGGAACUGACUCUGUCCUCUUGACCCACGAUGUGGCAUCUCCGUUCUAUCCUACCAACCAAGAAUUCACCACCGUCUCGCGUGAAUUGGCGGAUGGCGAGCGACACAAUGACACCCUGUUCGAGCUGAAGAUUGACAACGGCAAACCUUUCCAGGAGUUUCGUACCUUUGCUAGCUUGAUUAAACUCAUUCACGUUCCCACUCGGGUGGCCAUGUGGACUCACACCACCCCGCUUCCGGAAUGGGGAUACAAGCAGGCCGAAAUUAACGGAAACAAGAACAUCUUGCAAUCCAGCAACAUUUGGUUUGCAGAGACCAUUGAGGGAAUUGAGCCCGACAGCCCGCGUCUGCAAAAGCAGGAGCGCCAGGUCAAGUCACUAUCCUUCCUGCGCAAGUACUUUGAAUUGCAAGGUGCUAUGUUCCACCACAACAAUGCACUGACUAGCAGUCAUCCGUAUGCCACCGAACCCUUCCAGUGGCCUUUCCUGCUGCGGGGUGUAAGCUUCUGGACCAAGAAUGAGACCCGGGAACAGAUCUAUUUCUUGGGUAACCCCAUUGGCUGGUGGAUUGCUAGCAGUUUGCUGGCUGUGUUCGCCGGCAUUGUCGGAGCAGACCAACUCUCCCUUCGCCGUGGUGUUGAUGCAUUGGAAGAAAUCUGGGGCCCUGGUACUCGUUCGCGUCUGUACAACAGUACUGGAUUCCUGUUCCUGUGCUGGGCUGCGCACUAUUUCCCCUUCUGGCUGAUGGGUCGUCAGCGAUUCCUACACCACUACUUGCCGUCCCACCUGGCAUCGACGAUGGUGACUGGUGCACUGGUCGAAUUCAUCUUUAAUGUAUCGCCGCUCGACCCCGCCACUGCCGCACCGCCCGUGGAUGAUCCCUCCGGUAAGGCCAAGGGUACCCGAGCAAGCCGCAGUGUCCGUCGCUUCGUGACGGCCAAAGAGCGCAUGGGUCUCAACUCGGUGCUUGCCGCCUGGGGAGCCACCAUUGUUAUUUUGGGGGCUACCGUUGCUGGUUUCAUCUUCUAUGCGCCGUUGACGUACGGCACCCCCGGUCUAGACGUGGACGGCGUUAUGGCCCGCAAGUGGCUGAACUACGAUCUCCACUUUGCCAAAUAA